CGCUGCCCCAGGCCAGCAGUCGCCGAAGCUGGAGCCGGGGAUGGGGAUGGCCUGGGCCCGGGCCGCGGGGAGCGGCCUCUUCCUCCUGCUCCUUGCGGGGCCGGGCCUGCCGGCGGAACGGCCAGGGAUCCACUAGAGAGAAGCACAAAGCUGCACCAUGGGUUUCCAGCAGACCUCUCAUUUGUCUUCCUAUGAAAUUAUACAUCCACAGAAGUUAACAAGAGAGCGGCGAGCGGCCUCCAAUUCCUCCUCAGUACAGGACAAGAUGUCAUAUGUCAUUCAUGUAGAGGGAAAGAAACACAUACUUCACCUAGAAAAAAACAAAGAAUUUUUACCCAAAGAUUUCACCAUAUAUACCUACAGUGAGGAAGGGAAGUUGCAGUCUGAAAAUCCGGAUAUGCAGGAUCACUGCCACUAUCAGGGAUAUGUGGAGGGGAUACCAGAUUCCAUUGUUGCUGUCAGCACUUGCAUUGGACUCAGGGGACUGCUGCAAGUGGAAAAUGUCACGUAUGGAAUUGAGCCGAUGGAUUCCUCCUCUGGCCUCAAACACAUUAUAUAUCGAAUGGAGAAUGUGAAGAAGGAGCCCAUGAUGUGUGGAGUUAACAACACAGCCCCUGAAAGAGAACACACAGAGUAUGAGCAUCCUCCCAGCAUGACUCAGUUGCUGCGAAGGAGAAGAGCUAUACUUCCCCAGACAAGAUAUGUGGAGCUGUUCAUAGUUGUGGACAAAGAAAGGUAUGAGCUGUUGGGUAGGAGUGAAGUUGCUGUGAGAGAAGAGAUGGUGCAUCUAGCAAAUUACCUGGAUAGUAUCUACAUUAUGCUAAAUAUUCGCAUCGUGCUGGUUGGCUUGGAGAUCUGGAAGAAUGAAAACUUGAUUAGCACAGACGGAAGUGCCGGCGAUGUGCUGGGGAACUUUGUACAGUGGCGAGAGAAGAAUCUUGUCAUGCGUCGACGACAUGACAGUGCCCAGUUUGUUCUGAAGAAGGGGUUUGGUGGAACUGCAGGAAUGGCCUAUGUUGGAACAGUGUGCUCCAAAAGCCAUGCAGGAGGGAUUAAUGUGUUUGGGCAAAUAAGUGUGCAGAUGUUUGCAUCAAUUAUGGCUCAUGAGCUGGGUCAUAACCUGGGAAUGAACCAUGAUGAUGAAAGAGUUUGUCACUGUGGAGCAGAAAGCUGUAUUAUGAACUCUGGAGCAUCAGGGUCCAGAAAUUUCAGCAGCUGCAGUGCAGAAGACUUUGAGAAGUUAACUCUGAACAAAGGUGGAAGCUGCCUGCUUAACGUUCCCAACCCUGAUGAAACCUAUAGCAUCCCAUUUUGUGGCAACAAGUUGGUGGAUGCUGGGGAGGAGUGUGACUGUGGUUCACCAAAGGAAUGCGAAAGUGAUCCUUGCUGUGAAUCGGAUACUUGCAAACUCCGAGCAGGAGCUGAAUGUGCAUAUGGCGACUGCUGUAAAAAAUGUCGGUUUCUUCCAGGAGGCACUGUGUGCCGGGCAAGUACCAAUGAAUGUGAUCUCCCAGAGUACUGCAAUGGGACCUCCCAGUUCUGUCAGCAAGACGUUACUGUUCAGAAUGGGUACCCGUGCCAGAAUGAUGAAGCCUAUUGUUACAAUGGGGUUUGCCAGUACUACGAUGCGCAGUGUCAGGCUAUCUUCGGCUCAAGAGCAAAGGCUGCCCCUAACAGUUGUUUUGUUGAAGUGAAUUCCAAAGGUGACAGAUUUGGCAACUGUGGUUACCAGGGCCAUGACUACAAAAAGUGUUCCAGCUGGAAUGCCAUUUGUGGAAAGCUGCAGUGUGAGAAUGUGAAAACCAUGCCUGUUUUUGGGAUUGAACCUGCAAUUAUUAAAACCCCCAUCAGAAACUCUACAUGUUGGGGUGUGGAUUUCCAGCUAGGAUCAGAUGUUCCAGAUCCUGGAAUGGUGAAUGAAGGCACAAAAUGUAAUACUGGAAAAAUCUGUAGGCACUUCCAGUGUGUAAGUGUCUCUGUUCUGAACUAUGACUGCGAUGUAGAGAAAAAAUGCCAUGGACAUGGGGUGUGCAAUAACAACAAGAACUGUCACUGUGACUCAGGUUGGGCCCCUCCCUACUGUGACACGAAAGGAUAUGGAGGAAGCAUAGACAGUGGACCUCCUUAUAAUGACAAAGACACCUCUUUGAGAGAUGGGUUGCUGGUAUUCUUUUUCCUGGUCCUUCCACUCCUUUUAGCUGCUGCUGUAGCAUUUGCAAAGAGAAGGGUGCUGAAGCAAUGGUUCAGGAGAAGGAUAUCACAUUGUCAUCAAUCACAUACAAGCGUGCCAACUCCUCCUCCUCCUCGCACAGAGACAGACCCAGGAAACUUCCAGCAGAACAUGCCUUAUACUUCGAGGAGCGUACCCAUGGACAUGCCAGCAAACAGAUUCACUGUGCCAUCUUACGCAGUUAAUCAUCAUCAACCAGCUUAUCACCAGCCUUACAAUUAUCCUCAGCCAUACCAGGAGCAUCAGCAGUAUAAGAUACCUACAAGGCCACCCCCACCACAACAGAAGAACAUACCUCAGGGACACUAUUUUCCUUCUCGACCUGCACCUUUACCUCCCAUGUAGUUUUUAGUUUCUCUUUUACCCUCUCACAAACUGACCUGUUCACUAAAACCGAGCUGCAAUUCGUUAUCCUUCUUGCAUCAAAUGGCCCAUGAUAUCCCACAGAGCCGCCUUUCUGCAAUACUGGAUAUUGAAAAUGAGAUGGAAACACAAGGAAUGCAAGAUAUUAAACAAAGAUACCUCUACCAAAGCUAUAGGAACAGAAUACAUCAAGUCUGUUCUUAGCUCUGUGUGUGAGUAUCAUGGCUUUGCAAACUGAAAUUGGAUUAUCCAGUUGGAAGUGGAUCAGUCUGCAGUAAAAUAAUCUAAAACAGCACUUGGGAGUUAUUUUUGUUUCCCACAUCUUAUGAUGAGACACAAUCAUUAAAUAUUCCAUGUGGCUUAUUGUCUUACUAUUUAUACAAUGAAGUGUAAAAAAACUAUUACCCAGGCAGGUGUUAAAAAAUGGAAUUGUAAAAAUCAGGCCACUUGAUUUAACAAAAAUACUGUGUACAUGUUCUUGUUUUGCCUGGACUAGAAACCAUUAUUCCUGUAUGUACAACUAAGGGCACAAGUGAAAUAAGAUGCCAGUAUAUUUUGAAAAGAAGAUGAAAUAUCCUAUAAACAUGUUUGUGUAUAUGUUUUUACUGGUGUGUUUAAUAUAAACACACUUUUUAAACAACAAAGAAAAUUUUAACUUCAUGCUGACUGACACUAAGCUAUAGACAAUAAAGGAUACUAGGGCAGUUAAUUUAAAUGGUUUUUAAAUACACAAUUUUAAGUAGCUAGACCAGAAACCUCUACUAAUUUACCACUAAUACGUUAAAUGGGAUAUUAAAAUAAAGGUACGAAAAAUGGUAGCCUUUUCUUGUUUUAGGAAGGGAAUGAUCGUGAGUUUUGAUUAUGUUAGACAGUCUGACAGCAAAAGACACUGCAAAAUAUUAAGAGAAAUGAUGCGUAUUGUUUAUCUAGGCCCUUUGAGAAUUUUUGAGCACUUUAUACCGUAGCACCCCGCUGACCCCAAUGUACAUAAUUUUAACCUACCUUUCAAACUUUGAUUUUAGUGUCAGUCAGGAUGUUGACACUGGCUAAAGCAUGUUAUUUUAAAAAUCCAAUUUAAAUCUGUGCCUGAAAAAAGAUGCCCUUGGACGUCAGCUGAGAUAUGUGAACCAAGGUGAAGUUGGAUUAUUGGAUUAUGUUCCACUAGAUUAUAUUGACACAGUGUUGUAGAUGCAUGACUGCUACGAUGGUGUGUCUGUUACACAAAUUACGGAAGGUGAAACGCUUACUGUUCAAAAUAAUGCUAAGCUUUCUCAUUUUAGCCACUUAGCACAAACUUGUUUUGUAAAUUUCCCCAUAUUUGCCAAAAAAUGUGUGUGUGUAUAUAUACUUAUAUAAAUAUAUAUAAGGUUUGCAUUUGUAAUAAUAAAAUACUUGAACUACUGUGGUUCCCCAUAAAUGUAAAGAAUAAGAUUUAAACUCUAUUAAAAUAUGUACAACUUCAUCAAAAAUAUAUCGCAAGGUGGGUUGGUUGUUUUUAGUAUUAUCAUUGGUUUAUUUCUCUCCUACCUUAUUGGGGGUUGCCUAGCUAAAGCUAUUUUGCCUUUCUGUCAGUAAGAUGCACUUCUUCCCAGGUCUUUUGUAGACAGUUCAUGACAUGAAUGACUCAGUGUACAGGGUCGGAGGGGAAUCUGCAUUAUGAAACUAUCCCCAGGAAAAGGCCUGCUUAAUUGUAUUUAAACUUGUGAAUGCCUAUGCUAUAACUGUGCUAAAUCGUGUGCCUUUAAUAUUAAUAGAGUUUUCACACUCCCAGCAUACUAUUAGCAAUGGUAUUAUAGCAAUUAGCAAUAUUAUGUGCAGAAUAGGGCAGUAAUGCAAUAAACCUCAUUCUGAGAUCACUAUUUCUAUGGAAUAAAGUAGCGCCUCAAAUUUUAAAUAGAUGGUGAAUAUUGAAGAUGACUACUGAUUUCAUGUGUAAAUCUAACCCUUAGCCCUAUUGUCUGAAAACUAUUUGAACAAUCAGAACCUGUCUUAGAUGUAUUUGUAAAUUGCACUUGUCUAAACCUUUGCACUCCAAAUUGUGUCGCAGCUUGGAGCUUGUUUUUUGUAGGAGGAUUUACAGAAAACACAAAUGCCACUUUUCUAAGGGUUGGGCUGUACUGAAGGGGUUUCCAUUCUAUGUGGUUUUUGUUUGUUUUUUAAAGGUAAUAAUUAAAGAUGCCAGUUUUCUAAA